GGUCACAGAGAAUUCGCGGUGACAGUCGGGACGUCGGCGGACGUGUGUGCCUGCGCUGAGGAAAGGUGCAUGUCCCCAGUGUCCGCUCUCGUCGCCCGGUUUGGAAUGCGCCUCACGCAGCCGGUGUACGGUAUAAUGCUCGGUGAAACGCAAGCGGGGUCUGUGAUCUGAGUAGAGUCAUGGUUUGGCAUCGCUUACAGCAUUAGUAUCUCGUUGAGCACUUGAUUCAUUGAGCUAGCUGUCGUUAGCGCGUCGUUAGUUCAUAGCGCGCUAGGUCGCUAGGCGGCUAGCUAGCUAGCGAGGAAGCUAGGUAAGUGUGCUGCCGACCGAUCCAAUCGAGCAGUAGACAAGCCGACUGACUGCUGAACACAGCCGGUGUUAUAGAGAAAGAGGUGGUGGCAGGCGGGGCUGGGAGAACACGACGGGGUGGAAGUGAGUGAGGAGCGGCUGAUGAGUUCAGACCAGAGCGGAGAGCCGCCGCUGCUGCAGGAGGAGGCUGAUCCCGGACCGAAGACCGGUGGGAAGGACGAGGCUCCGUUGGGGAGCGAGGGAGGGACAGGCGGCAUGGUCACGUCAAAGGGUGCUGGUUUGAACCCAAAUGCCAAAGUUUGGCAGGAGAUGCCUGUGGCCCCCAGUGAGGCGGUUAACAGCGGCCCAGAUUGGCCCACUACAGAUAUUAAUGAGGGUUAUUCUGAGCCUUCGCCUGGUGGGUGCAAGCAGUACACGGAGGGAUUUAUGGCCCCAGAAGAUGGCGGCUCCACGGUGACGGCGGAGAUUGCUGUAAAUGGACUGGACCCUCAAGAUUUGGGCUUUUCCCCUGAUGAGUCCACAACUUCAGAUUAUAAGACUGAAGAACCAGUCUCCUCUGAAAAUCUACGAGAGUCUUUGAAGAAAGAGCUGGAGUUUUAUUUCUCAAGAGAAAACCUCUCUAAGGAUUUGUACCUCAUGUCCCAGAUGGACAGUGAUCAGUUUGUCCCCAUUUGGACUAUAGCCAGCAUGGAGGGCAUCAAAGCCCUCACAACCGACAUAGACUUGAUCCUGGACGUGUUAAGAUCCUCCCCCAUGGUGCAGGUGGAUGAGAAGGGGGAGAAAGUGCGCCCUAACCAUAAGAGGUGCAUCAUCAUCCUGAGAGAAGUCCCCGAAACCACACCUGUUGAGGAAGUGGAAUCAUUGUUCAAAAACGACAACUGCCCAAAGGUGAUAAGUGUUGAGUUUGCACACAACAACAACUGGUACAUCACAUUCCAGUCAGACACUGACGCUCAACAGGCAUACAAAUACCUAAGAGAGGAAGUCAAAACAUUUCAGGGAAAGCCCAUUAUGGCCAGGAUAAAGGCCAUCAACACUUUUUUCGCUAAGAAUGGCUACCGUAGCAUGGACAGCAGCCUGUACGCUCAGCAGUCACAGAGCCAGUCCCAGUACAGCACUCCGCUGUACAUGCAGCCCGUUUACCCCCAGCAGCAGUACUCCGUCUACGGCAUCGUACCCCAAACCUGGACUCCUUCGCCUGCACCUUAUUUUGAAACUCCUUUGCAGGCACCGUUUCCCAACAGCAGCUUCGUCAAUGGAUUCAGCUCUCCUGGACACUAUAAACCAAGCUCCACUGCACUCAACAUCACUCGUCCUUUUAACAGAAAUCGCGUCCCUCUUUAUUCAAGAAAGAAUGUAAUAAAUGCCUUCAGAAACCACGUGAAGCCCCAGAUGAGGAGCGAGGUGUCCCCCACAUCCUUAACGCCCGACACUGUGACUGCUCUGCGCAGCCCGCAGUCCCCUGCUCCUGUCGCCGCCGUCACCACCAACCCAGUCAUUACCGCCACAGACCUGAGCUCAGCAUUCUCGCAUCCCGUCGCGUCUUCAUCGUCUUUGGAUCCCAGUGACGACAAUGGGGGUGCUGGCCGUGGAAGACGGAGCACGACCUACAGAGGACCGCGCAGGAGGCGAGAAGAUGAGCGCAUUACGAAGCCUAUUCCCUUAGCUGAAGUGAAAGUCUCUCCACCCAAGUUUGACUUGGCUGCCACCAACUUCCCUCCUCUUCCUGGCUGUGUCGUCAGCACGCAGGGGGAGCCAGUGCUAGAAAACCGAAUGUCAGAUGUUGUACGUGGUUUGUACAGAGACAAGACGGAACAAACCAAUAAAGAAACGACUGUAAGUGCAAGUUCAAGCCACGUCCCAGCCACAGAAGAAGCUGUGGCUUCCUCAAGUCCUGCUCUGGCAGCUCCAAAACCUGCCAUCCAAGCACCGGGACCCCCAGCACCCUCUGUCACUGCUCAUGAGACAAAGACUGAACGAGCAGAGCCCACAGUUUUCAAAGCGGCUCCACGCACAUCUGUUCAGGCCCCUUUCAAGUCCUCCUCCACACAGCCUGGGCUGAACUCCAGAGCUCAACCGUCUGCGACUCCUACGUCAGGGACAACCAACACGCCGGCUCCUGCUCCUGCAGCUGCCACACCUGUACAGGAGCCCCGCAAACUCAGCUACGCUGAAGUGUGCCAGCGGCCGCCUAAGGACCCUCCCCCUGCACCUCCCGCUCCAGCCUCCUCCAGCGCCGCCUCUGGUCAGCCGCUGCGUGAGUUGCGCGUCAACAAGGCGGAUGAGCCCGGCUCCAGCAGUAACCCCGGGGACAAGCAGGAGAAAGCCCUGGACAGGGAGGGGGGAUGGGAAUGCAAAGAGAGCCGGCAACCACGCGAUCGUGACUCUCAAGGUUACCACCGCAGCAACGGUCCCAGGGGCACGGGAGGCCUUAAGUUCCGGGACCAGCGGCGCCCGCCUCCAGCCCGUCGUGGCUCCCCGCACGGGAGCUACAGGCACACUGGCAAAGAGCAGAACAUCCCACCAGUAUCGCCAAAGUAAAAACUUGAUGAUUGAAAAAAAAAAAAGUUGUACGGAAAAAAAAUAUAUAUAUAUAUACAUGGAUAUAUAUAUAAAUAUAUAUGUAAUUCUAUAAAAAUGAAUAACAAAAGCAACAACAUAAUGGUAGCCACCUUCCCACCUGGAACUUAUCCAAAGAAAAGCUUUCAAAGUGACUGUGGCAUCCAGGAUUGUAGGAGCAAAAUGAAACCUGAGAAGCGUUGACGAGCAAUUUAAAGGAAACGCGCAUCCCGUUUGCCUCCAGCUAUGCUUAAAGAAAUUUAAGUGUUUUGAGGAGCUGGGUCAUUUAUGCUCUGAAUGGGAACGGUGGGAUACUGGGCCAAGUAAAUGGCCCUCUACCUUUUUUAUUUUUAAUAAAUAGAUGUUGGUCUGCAAGAACAAUAUGCACUAAAAUGACGAGAACAUGCAUAUAUGUCAUGUACAUAAACAAAGAUAUCACUAACGCAACAAGACAUCAAGAUUUUUUUUUUUUAAGCUUAAAUUUGCAAGUAUGACUGAAGAGUUGACUGAUGUCUGUAUGCAUUGAUUGUUAAGCAAAAUGAUUGAAGUGCUACAAUGUGCUGUUGCACUGAAAUUGAUUUUUUUGAUUUUUACAGCAGAGAUUCUGAGGCAUUGUCCUGGAACUGGACAUCGGGCCUUAUAGAGGUGAAAAGCGUUCUAUGGUGGUGUUUUGAUCUCGUUUAUAAUUAGCUCAAAUGCGAUCAGUUAGACACCGGAAACUGUUAGCCACGGUCCUACGUGUGGUUUUUGUUGAAUCCGAUUCUUUCUUUUUGUUUUUGUUUGGGGCUCACUGGCCUGUUCGCCACUAUGAACCUUCUCUCCUGGUCCAAAGUUUUUCAUGUUCCGUUUUAUGUUUAUCAUAACUGUUUUGGGUCUAACCACUGCAUCGGAUUCAGAAUUUUGUUCAUGUUUGAUAAUCAGUCAGGUUCUCUGUUUACAUGUCUGGAUAGUAGAAUGAUGUUUAAUGAUUAAAGUAUAGUUUGAUGCUAAGAUUGGAUUUGAGUGGUGGUUCAGAUGAGGCCUCACUUUUGUAUAUCAUCACAGGAUAUCCAGGUUAAGCUUAUAUCUGUGAACUGUUCAUGAGUGGCUACUGCCAAAAACCGACCGAAGAGUUCUUAGUUCAAAAUGAUAAAAAGCAUCAAAUCUGGCAGGCAGGUUAUGAAAGAAAAGUGUCUGGUUGUAAGGAAUGUGCCAGCCGCCUGUGAUCAUAGAGCGCUUUUGUUUUGUUUUUUCUUUUCUUUGAGGUAUGCUAAAUAAUUUAGUCUUUGGGGAAAUUUUUUGCUCAGUGAAACUGGAUUUUGAGAAGCUGUAGAAGUGUAGUAGCCUAUGCUAAAUGAUAAUAACCCGUCACUAGAAAUGUGUGGGAGAAUGUAAUUGUUAUAGUUCUGAAUUUGCAAAGGCUUUUGAGACCAGGUAAACAUCAGAUCGUUUGUGAAUUAUUUUAGGGUGGUUUUGCUUGUUUUUUUUUCCAUUUUCAUUUUUUAAUUUUGAGAAACAGAUUGAUUUAGAAUUUGAAGUCUGACUCACUGUAUGUAUUGGUUUUAAAAAUGUAUUUAUUUUAAUUCUAAUGCAUAACGCUUUUCUCCCAAUCUUGGUAGGCUGGUUUCCCCAAAGUUGUGUGAAAUUGCAUUGGCAAAAUAAAAUCCUGUGUAUGAUUUUUCCAUACUGAUUGACAUGUCAGCUAAGAGAAAAUACUUGAUAAAUUGACUUUGGGUUUAAUAAUGCAGUAAAUGUGUAUCCAAUCACUGGGGCUUUUUUUCUGUUUUAUUUUCAUUAAUGAGUAUGAGCAGCUAGUGAUUUAGUAUAAUUAAAUAAAUGCACUAACUUGUUUUUCAAAAGGAAAAAAAAGAUGUACUCAACAUUAAUGUGAAAUAAUUUUAGAAGCUUAUGGUUGAUGUUGACAGGCUUGCAAAUAAUUACAAGAAUUGCUUCCCCCCUGCAAUAUGUUUGGGUUUUUUCUGUUAAUUUGGUUUGGGUGGCAUCAGGAAAUGUAGUAAUGGAUCAACCAAGUGUUUGAGACACAAUCUUAGAACUGUAUGAAUUGUCACCAAAAUAAAUUAUUUUGAUUUGGC